AUGGCUAGCCGAACAAAUAUCGCCCGCUUGACGAGGCAAACUGUCUUGCGAUCUGUCCACAACGUGCAGAAGCCUCUUGUAUCGUCACGCGCCUAUUCCGCGCUUGCCUUGACCUCGCAGAGAGCUCUUUUGCGUCCUCAACGACCAGUGCAAUUCGCCAGAGUUCAAUCGCCCGAAUUCAAAUCUCUUUUGGACAGGCAACAAACCCGUCACUAUGCGGACACAAUUGUCAAGGUGCCUGAGAUGGCCGAAUCUAUUACAGAAGGUACAUUGAAGCAAUUCUCGAAACAGGUUGGCGAUUUCGUGGAACGCGAUGAGGAGAUCGCGACAAUUGAAACCGACAAGAUCGACGUCGCUGUCAACGCUCCCGAAUCUGGCACUAUCAAGGAACUCCUCGUCAGCGAAGAAGAUACCGUUACCGUCGGCCAGGCCAUAGUAAAACUCGAGCCCGGCUCCGGCGGCGGAGCUGCUGAGAAACCCAAGGACGAGCCUGCCCCGUCCAAGCCAGAGACCAAGGAACCCACUCCUUCGAAAGCUGAGCCUCUCAAGGAAAAGCAACCCGAGAAGCCAAAACCCAAGCCUACGGAAUCCAAAAAGGAAGCCCAGCCUAGCACAACCGCCCAGACUGGCGGCCGUGAAGAACGACGUGUCAAAAUGAACCGCAUGCGACUCCGUAUCGCCGAGCGUCUCAAGCAAUCCCAGAACACCGCUGCUUCCCUCACCACAUUCAAUGAAGUCGACAUGUCCUCGCUCAUGGAACUCCGCAAGCUCUACAAGGAUGACGUCCUGAAGAAGACCGGCGUCAAGCUCGGCUUCAUGUCCGCAUUCUCUCGCGCUUGCGUUCUUGCUAUGAAGGACUUGCCUGCCGUCAAUGCUUCUAUCGAAGGACCUAACGGAGGUGACACCAUUGUCUACCGUGACUACGUCGACAUCAGCGUUGCUGUUGCUACCGAGAAGGGUCUCGUUACCCCUGUUGUGCGCAACGCGGAGAGUAUGGACUUGGUUGGAAUUGAGAAGGCUAUUGCCGAUCUCGGAAAGAAGGCUCGUGACAACAAGUUGACCAUUGAGGAUAUGGCCGGUGGUACUUUCACCAUCAGCAACGGUGGUGUUUUCGGUUCAUUGAUGGGUACUCCCAUCAUCAACUUGCCCCAGACAGCUGUCCUCGGUCUCCACGCUAUCAAGGAACGAGCAGUCGUUGUCAAUGGCAAGGUCGAAGUCCGCCCUAUGAUGUACCUCGCUCUCACCUACGACCACCGUCUUCUCGAUGGCCGUGAAGCCGUCACCUUCCUUGUCAAGGUCAAGGAAUACAUCGAAGACCCCCGCCGCAUGCUCUUGGGUUGA